AUGAAGAAUACUGGCAGCCCAACAGGCAAUGAGUCUCGGGCCCACACCGAGCUGUUGACGUCGUCACAUCGGAGGACUAGACACGAGCUGACCAUAAGACUCAAGGACGACAGCAUAAAGGUGCCGAAGCAGCGAAUCCAUCAGUGUAAUAGCAACUCCCGCAAGGUACGCCUGCAUGUACCGGAAGGACAAAAUCAGAUUAAUAACAACAGUCACCAGCAACCUGGAAGAACGAGGGAAGAUACAUUUUUG